UUUGAAUAUAUAUAUAUAAUAUUAGUAUUGUUAAUAAACUGCAACCACUGCUAUGACUGCUUCUAUGGGGAUUUUCUCUUUACAGUGUCCCAAGCUUGCCACCUUAAAAAGGCCGCAGGUGGAUGCCAGGCUCAGCAUUUGAGAUACUACUACGAUUCUAUUCAUGACAAAUGCAAAAAGUUCCUCUGGACCGGAUGCUUUGGAAACGGAAACAGAUUUUUUGACCACGGCAGCUGCAACGCCACCUGUGAUGGCAUUCACGAUGAGGGCGACGAAGAAGAGGAGGUGGAGUCAGACACUCCUAUUGCAAUCAUCUGUGGCGUUCUGCUCGCUCUCAUUGUUGCCGGUAUCUUCAUAACUGUGACCGUCUUGACCAUUCAGUCAAAGAAAAAGAACCCCAAGAAGAAGUCAUCAGGGAAAAGUAAAGACCCUGAAGUACCUCUUCAGGAGAAGGGGACUGAAGUGGCAUAAAAUCACAUCACCUCGAUAGCAACAUGUGGAGUCUUUAGUUUUGUAUUAUAACUCUACCAGUCUUGAUACCACACAUAUCAACUGAUUAAAACAUUUAAGUUGAA